CGAAAAGUGUAGGGUGAGCCCAGUACAUGUGUGCGUGUGUUUGGAUGUGCGCGAGUGUGCGUUCGCGUAGAUGUGUGUGCGUGUGUGUAUGCGUGAGUACGUGUGUGUGCGCGAGGAAAGCAGUUCGAGGGGACAAGGUGAAGACAACUGAACGGACUUUUUUGGGGGAGAAGCAGUUUGUGCGGAGAUCCAGACGAGGACAGUCGAAGCGCGCCGGGUGCUGCUCCGUCGUGCGUCCUGGACACCAUUCUUGAGUCCUGCCCUUUCAUUACAGGUUGCUGGUGAGACCAGUGGGUGUCAAUCCCUACAGAGGGAGCAUUGAAACAACUCCAUGGCCUUAGCGGGAUGCCCUGACUACUUCCUACAUCACUCAAACUACCAGGAAGGCAUGGACCGCACUUCCUCUCGCAGGCCCGAGGAGCUGAUUGUUCCAGGCUUUCAGCGCUCGGCCAAUCAAAACUUUCCACAUCACCAUGAUGAUGAUGUGGAUCUGGAGCAGCUUGUGAAUGAGAUGAACUCCUCCAUGGAGAGUGUGUACUCUGCCACGGACACAGCGUUACUCUUGAACAACGGCCACGCACACACUCCGCACCACCACCACCACAUCCAUGCUGCCUACCCGGGACACGGCCAGGCCCACCGGCGUCACACCCCACCCCUACCCCCUUCCUCCCCCUCCAGGGAGAGGCUGCGGCACUCUCAGCCAAUGCACAUCCAGGCCGUCAGGUGCCUGCAGGAAGAGCAUCAUCUGCGUCCAGCCUCGCUGCCGGCUAUCCCAAACCCCUUCCCCGAACUCUGCAGCCCAGCAGGCUCUCCCAUUCUCAGCCCCAUCCAGACCUCUGACAACCACAUAGUGAAGGUGUGGAGCGAGGAUGGGGCCGGUAAAGUGGUGGAGAUCCCAGCAGACAUGACGGCCAGAGACGUCUGUCAGCUCCUGGUCUACAAGAGCCACUGUCUGGAUGACAAUGCCUGGACGCUGGUGGAGCACCACCCCAUCCUCGGCCUUGAGAGAUGUCUGGAGGACCAUGAGCUGGUGGUUCAGGUUCAAGCCUCCAUGAGCAGCGACAGUAAAUUCCUCUUCAGGAAGAACUAUGCCAAAUAUGAAUUCUUCAGGAACCCCCUGAACUUUUUUCCAGAGCAGAUGGUGGCUUGGUGUCAGGAGUCUGAUGGCUCAAUCCCUCAGUCACAGCUCUUACAGAACUUUCUGAACUCCAGCAGCUGUCCAGAGAUCCAGGGUUAUCUGCACGUGAAGGAGCCUGGACGCAAGUCCUGGAAGAAGCUGUACAUGUUCCUGCGACGCUCCGGUCUCUACUACUCUACUAAAGGAACAUCCAAGGAGCCCCGACACCUGCAGCUGCUGUCAGAUCUGGAGGACAGUAACAUUUUCACCAUAAUCACAGGCAGAAAACUCCACAACGCCCCCACAGACUACCAGUUCAGCAUCAAGCCCAGUAAAGUGAGAAGUGACUGUAAGGAGCUGAAGAUGCUGUGUGCUGAGGAUGAACAGAGCAGGACCUGCUGGAUGACUGCCUUCAGACUGCUCAAGUAUGGGAUAGUACUGUAUCAGAGCUACAACGUCCCCCAGCAGAGGAAGACUAACCUCUCGCAUUUCACAGCGCCUGUGCGGAGUGUAUCUGAAAACUCCCUCGUCGCCAUGGACUUCUCUGGACGGACCGGUCGCGUCAUUGAUAACCCCGUCGAGGCCCAGAGCGCCGCCCUGGAGGAGGGACAGACCUGGAGGAAACGGAGCCAGCGUAUGAAUGUCCUGGGCAGCCCCAGCCCCCUGCACCCACCCUCUCUGAGCACAGUCAUCCACAGGACACAGGUGUGGUUUCAUGGGCGCAUCAUGAGAGAGGAAGCCCACAAAAUGAUAAUACAACAAGGCCAAGUAGACGGAUUAUUCCUGUUGCGGGACAGUCAGAGUAAUCCCAAGGCGUUUGUGCUCACUAUGUGCCACCAUCAGAAGAUCAAGCACUUCCAGAUUCUACCGUGUGAAGAAGACGGCCAGGUGUUCUUCAGCCUCGACGAUGGCGCCACCAAGUUCACCGACCUGAUCCACCUGGUGGAGUUCUACCAGCUCAACAGAGGAGUGCUGCCCUGCAAGCUCAAACACCCAUGCACCGCUGUGGCCUUGUGACACUCCACCCCCCCUCACCCCCAAACUCCUACACACCCUUUUGCACACUUCUCAUCCAGAGAUCCCACCCCGCCCCCCUGAUCUGCCCCUCCCUCACCAAUGUAAUGAGGUUGAGGAGAUAAAGAAAAGUUGAGUCAAGUUUUGGGGAUGUUAACAACUCAGCAGGAGCUGGCAGUGGAGGUUUGAUUUCUCCAGCAUGCCGUGCUUUUCUCCGCCUUACCGCUUUUUGGAUGUUUGAAUGGGAACCGUGUGGAUAGUCCAAACUUUGCAGAUUGUGGACCGAGCAGUCGCCCCGACUCCUGCAUCGUUCUCAUGGAGACUGGGUUGUUUUGUCAUUGCCAUUUUGACCCUGGUCAGUGUGUAAGAGAGCCGUUUGUGUUAUGAAGACACAGUCAGCAGGAGUGCUGCAGGUCUCCCGGAUGGAACCCUCCCUCAAAAUCCCUCAUCAUUUCAACUUCCUUAUCAUCCAGGCCUGAUAAGCUGUGGUGCCCACCCCACCCUCGCCCUCUCGAUGCAAAGUUGUCCGAGGCGGGCGGGGAGCGCCACCCUCUGACUUCCUCAUCGAUCAUCAGGGAUGGACAGGAACCUCUCUGGGUCUUAUCAAACUCGGCCCAGGAGUUUUCUCAACCUGUGCAGUCCAGUCUGGAUAAGCUGACACCCUGUCCCCUCUCCCCUAACCAAGUGGACUUGAUGCAGCCUUUCUGCUGCGUCCUGUCCCAAACUCCCCUCACCCCGGUGCGACCCCGAUCCCGUCUCUCCUCCUCCAAACAAGCUCAGAGAAAAGUCAAGAGAGAAAAGAAGAAGAAGCUAAGGGCAAGAGAAGCAGAGCAGUCGCGAGGGUUUGCCGAAAGGACAGAGGAAUGUUUAUCAGGAAGGCCGUAACAAGCCUCUCUUGUAGAGUUGAUUACUUGAUGUCAUUUUAAUGCUGUUUUAUUACUGUUGAUUCAAUGCAGAACUAGUUUUGCACUCCCGGGCGGACAGAUGACAGCUGUUCUCUCUAGCUAAAUUAAGCUGCCUGCUCUCCGUUCGUCGUCCUCCUCUUCCUCUUCCACCCCCCUCCCCAACCCCAAACCCUCUCCCACCUCCUCCUUCUGAAAAGCAUGCAUGUGAAUUUCCACCAGCUCUGAUUGGAUUACAGUGGCGUGGGAGCAAAGAGAGUCACGGCUGAUUAUGCAGUGCCUUUCAGGAAGGUUUGGGAACAUCUUGGAACUCUUGUGUGGCUCAUACCAACAUGACCACACUACCGUUAAAAAAAACGAAACAAAAAAAAAAAAAACGAAUGUGCUCUGGAACCAGCUGAACGCCUCAAGACUGUGAGGAAGAGGAGGAGGACUGUUAAAUAGACUCCUGAAAAAGUGUGUCCACCCCCAAGCUUCUAUUUCAGUCUUUUUCUAAAUCUAAAGGGUUAAAUCUGUUGGGCUCACAUUCAGUGAAUUUUUUUUUUUGAAUGUCAUUUUCUUUUCUAGGUCUGUUCUGAGCUCGCUGCUUGCACAUUUUAAUGAUCCUGGUUUGAUAUUGAACUGUUAUGUUCGGAUUUAGCCCCGAGUGGAAAUACUGACCACUGUUCCCUCACUCGAGAAAAGACAAAUCAACAAAAAGCACUCCCAUCACGUUUUUCUCUUUUUCGUUUUGAAAUAUGGAAAUGAACAAAUGACUUGAAAUGUGAACUCAGUUGACUGUGAUAUCAACACACAGUCAAAUGAGCUUCACUCGCCUUAAGUGACAAUUGUGAGCCUUGUGUAUGAAAUCGAAAACUCUAUUAAAAUGCACAUACAGUAAUACAUUUCAGAUUUUAAGAGAAUGGAACGACAGCAAGAGUGUUAAAGAUUAUAUUAAAGCAAUAGUCUGACAUUUUGGAGGAAAUGCUCAUUCAAUUUGUUGUCAAGAGUCAGACGAGAAGACUAAAAUGAAGCUACAACCAGUAGCCGGUUAGCUUAACUUAGCACAGACUAGAAACGGGGAAACAGCUAGUCUGGUUGCAUCAAAGGAUAACAAAAUCCAACUACAAGCACCUCUAACAUCUUUUUAAUUUAUUUUAUAUAAUAAUUUGGGUGUAAAAACAACAAUUUGAGGUUUUACUGAGAGUUAUGUGUUAGACUCUUUCUGUGGUGCUGUGACUUUCUAAGCUAAGCUAACCAGCUGCUGGCUGUACAUGUAACAAAUAAUUACAAGAGUGGUAAUGAUACUGUCUUGGCAAAAAAGCGAAAAUAUGCAUAAAUAUCCAAAAUGUAGAACUAUUUCUUCUUAAGUAAAAAUCCACUUGAACAGAAUAGAGAAAAUAGGUUCUAGCGAUGCCCAUUUUCUUGUUCGGUGCUGUAUUUAUCUUAUUCUUACAGAUGAACUGGCUAAAAUGUCGACAAUAUAAUAUCACGUCCAGAUAUUUCCAGCAGCUGUGAAGGAGUUUGGUAGCACCAGUGGUGAAUGUCAGUUGUGGUGUUAGUCAGUCAAAAUCAAACAGUAAGGGCUUCUUUCUUAAAACCGCCAUUUUGCAACAAUAAUAGACAUGAGACAAUAGAGACAAAGGAAACCAUUUGUACACCAGCAGCGGCUUCAGUAGUCCAGAAUGCAUUUCAGCUAUCAGGCAUUGUCAGUAAGGAGCUGUACUAGUGGUCAUGACUUAUCUAAGAGUUGAAAUGAUUUGUUUAUUAAUUGAGCGGCCAAUUGACAGAGAGUAAACUAUUUUAAUAACUUUUAUUCAACUUCAAGCAAACACAUGAAAAACUGGAUUUCUCCAGCUUUCUUAAAUAUGAAGAUGUACUGCUUUUCCUUCGUACAUUAUAGUUAACUGAACAUAUUUGAUUUUGGGAUGGUUAGUCAGGCCAACAAAAUUAAAUUUAAAGACUCUAGAAAAUUGGGUUGGGCAACUUUUACUGUUUUCUGACAUGUAUAUAGACCAAAUGAUUCAUCAAUUAAUCAGGCAAAUAAUCAACAUGCAGCCCCAAAUCAGUUAUUUGGUUAGCUAACCCAGUUUCUGUGCGUGUCCUGGUUGUUGAAAAGCAUUCUGGGAAAUGUAGGACAUGAAUAACUGAAGUGAAAUUAGAUGAAGUAGGUUUUACUUGAUGAUACCCCCCAAAAAAGUUGGGACACCGAACACUAUGUUUAAGUCAUUAUGUGUAGGAUUUGAAAAUGACCACCUUUAGUGCCCCCUAGAGGUAGUAUCAUGACACUGUAGCAGUGUCACUGGGGGAGAAUUGGCAACACAACAUAGACAACAUUCUUUCAAACAGAAAAAUCCACACAUAGUGGCUUUAACAGAUAAUCUGAGUGGAUUUAGUUUCUCUAAAUUUGUCCCUGACUGCCUGGUCAUCACCUAAAGGAAGUACCGUAUCCCAAACUCUUUACAACAGGAAAGGAAGUUAGAGAAUAAGAUUUUAAGUCCUUUUGUCUUGUCCUGCCCUCUCCUGCUGUCAUGUUACCAGCCAAUGAAAAGCUGCAGGCAUGUGACAUAACACCUGCUCAGGUCUGCAGUAGAUUUAGCCACGUCCUCCACCCCUCCCGUCCUCGCUUGCACCUCCUUUCUGUGCCAGAUUCACAGUGAACAGGGUUAGCACGAGGCCAUCGGACUACCUGCCAGGCUCCCCCUCUCUCUCUAAGCACUGUCACUUACACACAUGCCACUGCCGCCACCGGUCCACCAAUCACUUGACUUGACUGACUCACCAGCUCUGCGCUCCACCAAUCAGGCCUUUUCUAGUUAGCCAGGGCAGACUCUCCAGGGAUUGGAUAAUGCUUGAAUCCCCCGCCCCCCUCUCCCACCUGUGUCCAGCCUGUAAGCUAUGACCCUGUGGUGAACAAGUGUGUGUGUGUGUGCGUGUGUGUGUGGAUUGGCUAGACUGUUAUAUUCACUAUUCAGGAAUGCUAACUCUGCUGGUUAUCAUACACACUUGCCUUUUAGAAGCAGUUAGAGGAAGGUUGCUUUUUGGUCGGGUAAAGUCAGGCGAUGCUGUCGAUUUACAGUAUCAGAAGAGACAGGAACUGGUCGGCUGGAGGUAUCCCAGCAUUCCCGGUCCUCAGCUGAGGUUCUUUCCUGUCUUGUUAGAGAGGGACACAUCGCUAUGGGUCAGUGAGGACGAUUCACCGUCCUCUCCUCCUCCCUCCAUUUUUAAUCACUGUGCUACAAUGCAAUCCUAUACACAAGUCCACGUAUAUGAAUAUACCAGUAUACAGUAUCAUUUGUUUUCUAAGUAUGUGAAGCUAUGGAAAAGACGUAGAUCUAACACUGUACCUAGGUCACAGAUCACUAUGUAUGGGGCGUUAUGCUUUUGCUCAUAACUCCGUGUAAAAUGAAGAAUGAUUUAUUUUGUCCUUUUUUUCAUUAUUUGAUUGUGUGUAUAUUGACAUUAUUGUGUAUUUUCUUUCGUUUGCCACAAAUUGACCUUUUAUAUAUAUAUAUAUAUAUAUAUAUAUAUACACAUAUAUAUAUAUAAAAAAGAAUAUACCACCGUAUAUACAGUAUUAAAUUAAGCUGUUUUUUGUUUUUUUUAAUUUUAAGAGAUCAAACUGGAUUUUUGGUAUGUGUCAAAUAUCUAAACAUCAGUUGUAUGUAUAAGCUGACAGGCUGUCAGAGUCUUCAACUCUGCCAGCAUCCAAUUCCAAUGCCAUUUUGUUUAAAACCACAUCUUUUGAAUAUCCCCCCUCUCUCUCUCUAUCUGUUUGUCAUGUCGAUUUCAAGACAACACUCGAGUUAAAAUUUGGACAUUAACCUUACACACACCAGUGGUUUUUCAUGGAGAGCACACACACACCAAUGCUUAACCCUUGGGGAUAUUCUUAGCAGCUUUCAACACUUUGUACACCUUUCAUUACAAGUAGUGCAAUUAUAUGCCGUAGCUCUAGAGGAUUGUGCAUUUUGUUUUCUUUAACUUAAGCCUAUUCUUGCAGCAGGUGCCUCUUGUUUCUGAACAGUAACAAGUCCUUAGUUGCCAUCCGUCCACUCACCGCAUUCAAUAACGGUUAGCUGUGACUGUGAAACAUAAUCCUACUGGAACUAAAUCCUAAUGUCAGGUCAUCAUCGCGUACAAGUCCCAUCGACAUUGGUGACUCAGUGCGAGUGAAACUGACUCCAUGUUUUUUUUCUUUGGGUUGAAGUCAUCAUAAGCUUAAGUCAAAUAAACCUUUCAGGGAAAGAAAAAUAAAAAAUAAAAGCAAAUGAACGGUAAUCUUUUUUUUUUUUCUUCAGAUAACCCCACUGUGCUUUGCUUCAUUCUGUAAUCGUCUGUACGGCUCCUGGAUCUACAUUGUAUCCUGUUCAGGUAUUUUUGUACAAAUAAGGGACUGAUAUAUUCUCUGUUUAUUGGAAAUUAGAAUAAAAGACAACAUUGCUAUAAACCAAA